AUGGCGACCGGUCAACUGGACAGCAUCUUGAGACGCGAUGACAAAUUUCUCAAGGAGAUGUGGACUUGGUUUGGUGUCGGAGCUCUCGUCAUAUUGUUGCGGUUUUUCGUGAGAAUCCGCAUGGUUGGCCCCAGAGGUCUCAAGGGGGACGACUACACAAUGCUUGUUACUCUGUUCCUAUACACGGUCUGUUUUGUGAUGGUCGACCUAGUGUACCGAUAUGGCACAAACGUGGAUCUCACAGCUGCCCAAAUCAACACUCUUUCCGAUGAAGAAGUGGCACGACUUGUACAAGGUUCCAAGUUUCAACAAGUAGCUUGGUAUUCAUACACCGCAUACUUAUGGUCUAUGAAAGCAACCCUGUUAUUUUUCUAUAAGCGAAUGACUUUUGAUUUGUGGCAGAGUGCGAGAGUGCUGAAACACCUGGCCUGGUUUACCAUUCUAUCAUACCUAGUUGUGGUCGGAACGAUAACCUUUAGCUGCAUGCCGUUUUCAGAUAAUUGGGGAGUGAGGCCCCUACCUAGUGAGAAGUGUGUUUUCAAAGCCCAAAAUCUACUGGUCUCGACAUUUCUCAAUGUGGUGACCGAUGCAGCCAUUCUUUGUCUGCCGCUGCCGGUUCUGAAGGAAAUCAGGGUACCUUUCUACAAGAAGAUCUUCAUAGCAGUACUGAUAUGCUCCGGUUUAUUCGUCAUCGCGGCAGCGAUCAUGCGAGUUGCGGUGACUUUGGGGUCAGCACCUUCAACAAUUACAGUAAACCGAUGGGGAGUCCGAGAAUGCGAAGUCGGUCUGAUUGCUGUCAACGCACCCAUUCUACGUCCUUUGUUCUCCCGCAGGUUUUGGCAGUGGCAUUACCGACCGCCGGCUCGCCCGUCAAAUCCUAUGGAAAGUGCAAGAAGGAGCCGAACAACAGUUGGCGGCCACAGACGGAGAGUCAUUAAAGAAGACUCACUUCUUGGGUGGGUGAAUUCUACUACCUCAAGAUUAGGAACCAUUGUGGGAGGGACUCGAGAUCAUGGCAACACAUUGGACGUGGAAUUAGGGCAUGCGGCCAGUGAACAGGAGUUGGAGCCUCUUGACAAGGGUGGGGAUAAUGAGGGCCGGAGUUCCCAUAUCCCCGCAAAUGACGAGACCGCGAGAAAUGAUUGA